ACAUUUGAAUUUAUUUGGUGCAAGGCAACUAUAGAUUUAUUGAUUGAUUGGUUGACUGCUUAUAAACUCACAGCUGAACCGUAAAGCAACUCCGGCAGCGCGUGCAGGAACUUGCUUUGGGGUCAAUUUAGUCACACACACAUUAAGACGUCGACCAAAGAAAUACCCCCACCGCCUCCCGUCUACCAGGAAAACAUUGCUUGAGUCUUUAUCCUCUAGGCGCGAUCCCAUCUCCCGUAAGCGCGCGCACGCUGAAUCCCUCGCGCGCUUGGCACGGCGCCGCGCACUCUAGCCUCUGUGUGUAGUAACCCGGAGCAGUAGAGCUCUCAGCUAGACAUGGCGGCGGAUCUUAAGCCGGACUGGCUUUCUUGCCUUCCUUCUUCUUGGAGUUAUGGGGUGACUCGGGAUGGACGGAUAUUCUUCAUCAACGAAGAAGCAAAGAGUACAACCUGGUUACAUCCUGUCACUGGAGAAGCAGUAAUCACGGGGCACAGAAAAACUCCAGAUUUACCAACAGGCUGGGAGGAAGGAUACACAUUCGAGGGCGCUCGCUGCUUCAUCAAGUAAGACGUUGGGUGUUAAUGUGUCUGCCUGUUUACUGUUUUGUUGUAGGGGCUGGUUAUGUUUUUGUGUAGUUUUUUUGCUAUAAUAGGUUUCUUUCCAGGUGGUCGGACCUGGUGCAUGCUGGGGGAGAAAUUGUGUCUUUGUUUGUGGUAGUGUAGCUGCUUUUAUUUUGUGUUUUGAAUUCAAGUCACACACAGUGUGUGGUAGUGUCCUGCUGCAAUGUAUGUGUGCGUUUCUGUGUGUGUUUGAAGCUUGCGACCACGGUCUGUAACUAAAGGGAUAUUCUUUCCAGUUUAUUUAUUGCAUUAGUUAUGAACUAGAGCUGCCCCCCAUGUGACAUAAUCCAUCUCUGUCUGUUAGCCUAAGCCUUCUGAAUGUCACGGUGCAUCUCUACUGUCACAUCUCAAGGUUCCCCAUCACUUAUUUAAAUAAACAAGGGCUGUGUACACUUUCUUGGA